CAAUGGUGGUCCAGCUGAUGAAGGAAAGGGCCGGGAAGAUCACGACAGCACAGAAACAACAUCUGAAAACAUGGAGGGCGAAGAGAAAGGACAGACCAAUGAGGUACCUGAUGGGACUGGGGAGGAAAAGGACCAGAAUACGGAACAAACUGAUGGGGUGAAGGAAACUACAGACCACCCAGAGGAAAAUCACAACCAAGAAGACGAGAAGAUAACAAAUAGCGGGGAUGGUUCUGGCGUUGAAGAAAGUACAGAAGAUGCUACUGCACAGGACCAAGAGACAAAGGUAGAGAGCCAGCAUGACACAUCCGACAACAAGGAUGAACAGCCAGGUGAGGACCAGGAAAGUGGAGUAAAUGAAGCUCCGGGGAAUGUGGAGUCAGAGAAUGAAAGCGAAGAAAAGAACGAAAACAGCGAUGAGAAGGUAACGAAUGAGCCCGAUGCACAAAACAUUGGAGGUGGUGCAAAUGAGGAACAUGAGGGUGGGGGAACUACAGAAGAGAAAAAAGGUGAAGCAGAAGAAGAAAGCGAGGAAAAGAACAUAAGCAAUCAAGAACCAGGAACUGGUGGCGAUACUGUAGAAAGCACUGAAGUCGAAAAGGCAGGGAGUGUACAAGAAGAACAGGAAAAUGGGGCGGCUGAAGAGGAGGAAAAUGAUCAUGAAGCCAGCGAGGAAAAGGUUGAAAACAGCGAAGAUGCAGUGACAGGUGGUGAAGUGCUGGAAAACACUGAAGAGGAACAGACAGCUACAAAAAGCGGAGAACAGGAAAAUGCAGGGACUGAAGAUGACGAAAAAUUAGAACACGAGAGCAAACGAGAGGAAAAGAACGAAAACAGUGAAGAAACGUUAGAGGCAGAUGGGACAGAACAAGAACAGCAAAGUAUAGUUGCAGAAGAGGAGGAAGAAGACAAAACAGAUAAUGACGGAGAGAAAGAAAACAAUAAAGAUACGAGUGACGACGUGGCUGAAGGUAACGAAGUGCAAAGUGCAGUCACUGAAGAUGGAGGAAAGGAGGAACAUGAGAAAGAAACCGAGGAAAAGAAUGAGAGCAGUGAAGAUGCCAUAACAAGUGUCGAAACAACAGAAAAUCCUCAAGAGGAAGUGGAGAAAGAAAGCGAGGACAAGAACGACGACAGUGGUGAUGCCAUAGCAACUGACGAGGUGGAAGAUAAUACUGAAGAGGAACAGGCAGAUGGACCAAAAGAGGACCAAAAGGAUAUGCUGACGGAAGAUGGGAUAGCGGAGGCAGAGAGAGAAAGCGAGGAAAAGAACGAAAACAGUGGUGAUGCCAUAGCAACUCAAGAGGCGGAAGAAAAUACUGAACAGGACAAGGCUGAUGGUACACAUGAAGAACAAGAGAAUAUGGUGACGGAAGAUGGAAUAUCGGAAGCAGAGAAAGAAAGUGAAGAAAAUAACGAAAAGAGCGAUGAAGCUGUAGCGACUGGCAAGGUGGUAGAAAAUACUGAAGAGGAAAAGACAGAUGAAACAAAUGAGAAUAUGGUGACGGAAGAUGGCAUGGCGGAAGCAGAGAAAGAAAGUGAAGAAAAUAACGAAAAGAGUGAUGAAGACGUAGCGACUGGCGAGGCGGCAGAAAAUGCUGAAGGGGAAAAGACAGAUGGUACGACUGAGCAAGAGACCGAAACGCAUAAAGAUGAAGGAAAGGUUGAACACGAGACAGACGGUGAAGAAAAAGAUGAAAGCAGCGAACUAAUAGGAGGAAAUAGUAAAGCAGUUGAGGAAGAAGGCCUAACUCAGUCAGUAGACAAAGAUGAUGAAACAGAAGACGGAAAGGAUGGUGAAGAAAAGCGAGACAUUGUCGUUGAAGGACUGACAUUGGAUCCUGAUGAGUCUGUCCAGCAGAAAAAUGAAGAGGAACUACAUGAUGUAGACAGAGAGGCAGCACUCGAGAAGAACAGUGCAGAAGAGGUUGAACUUGAGAAAGAGAAGACGCAAGAGACACAGCAGAAGCACGAUGAAGAUAUGCGUGAGUCCACUGAACAGGAGAAGGGCACAAAACAGGAGAAGUCAGAGGAAACACAACAAAUGGAAGACGAGGGAGCAAAGGAAACAGAACUGCCAGAAAAGGAAACCGUGCAAACUGUUAACGAAAUCGCCGAAGAAGGAAUGGGGAAUGCUACAGCACAAGACAAAGAUCAGCACAAAAUUUCGGCUAAAACAGAGAGUAACAAAGAGGAUGACAUGCACGAAAACGCCACUGAAAAUGAAGAAUCUGUAUUCAAAUGGGACCGAGACAGGUCCAAAGUAGAGGAUGAACACAAGGGACGUCCGGAUAUCAUGUUGGACGGUAUGGCUAGUUUACUAGCACGUCGCGCUAUCUUAGAAACCAGAUAUGUUGAGAAUGACGUUGACCUGGAAAAUACAGAGAGGAAGGAAGGUGAACUUGAAAUCAACAAACGUACCACUAAAACGUACAGCAUACUUGAUUUGAAGAGGGCUUUGGAGAAGAAGUUGAAGCAAAGGGAGCAAUUGAAGACUGCAAAAGCGAAGCUGAAUAUGGAGCUAAACAUGCUGCGAGCUACUUUAUAUGACAAAGAUAAAGUAAUCAAAGAGAAGCAAAGGAUGUUAGAAUUAAAACAGCUUCGCAGCACCAAAGCACCCACUUUUGAGAGCGUUGAUUCCGAAACCGAUCUUGCGUUCUCCCUAAAGUCUGUGGACCCCCUCUUUCCAAAAAUGAACCAAGUCCAGACUUUAAAGAUGGAGCUAGAAGACAUAGGUUUAGAGCAGUCUUUUCUACGCCAGCAAGCCGAAUCCUCCGAUUCAAACAAUCAGUCGAAACAGCGGGAAGUUGAGUCCCUCCAAGCUGCUGUAGAGGCCCUGCAAGCUGAGGUCACGGCUAAGGAGCAGAAAGCUGAGGAAAUGCAGGCUCUGAUAAGUGAGCAUCAGAGGAAGACUCGUGAAUUGGAAGACCGGAGGAAGACUGGCUUUGCACAGAGGGAUGACAGUGGCCCGGAUAGCGCAGGGAACACCUCCAAGUCUCCAGUUAAACUUAAAGAAGCUAGGGGGAUGAAGGAUGAUGAGCAAAAGAUAAAAGAGCAAAAGCAAACAGAUGACAAAGAGGAGAAGGGAGAAGAUGAAAGGGUAGAUGAGGGGGAAAUCAACCUUGAGCCAAGAGUGUUCUCAGCCGGCAGAAAGCGGCAGCUGCCGCCGUUAAAGACAAAACCCAGAGUUCGCUACUUAGGGAAGUUACCGGCUUGUCAGGGAUGGGAGACGUAA